GACAAGCCUCUCUUGCUUCGCUUGUCCACCAUCGAAAAGGGUACCCGUAAUUCGUUCUUAGUCUCUUAACCUAUUUAUCAUCCCGUUGCUAUACCCAGCUUUCCCUCCGUCAACCGCCUCCACGUUGCGGAAUCCUACCAGCAGGCAGGCAAACAGUGAGUCAAUCAGUCAGUCAGUCAGUCAAUCAGCCAGCCAGAGAAAGGAGCCUUGAGAACUGCGGAAAAUGGAGCAACCAUCGCCAACACAGCCCAACAAUGACUUCAACAACACGACGCCCACCAGUAGCAGCAGCAACAGCAGCACAACAACAACAACAACGAGGACAGCCUUCGGCACCCGCCGGGCAGUCAAGAACCCGGCCUUCGAGGCCAAGCUGGCGCAGAUGUCGCUGCAGCUGGCGCCGCUGGUGCAGCUGACGACGGGGCAGGUGCACCCGGCGUUCCCGCGCACGCUGCUGGCCUUCUGGCUGCUGACGGACGAGCAGCUGGAGUCGCUGGCGCACUUCUACCACCAGCGGACGCCGUGCCGCUGGACGCGGCACUACCCGUGCCCCGUCGCGUGGCCGCCGGGCAUGACGCUCGAGGAGAAGCGCCGCAAGCUGGGCCGCUUCAUCGGCCUGCGCGGCUGCGAGACCCCCAUCGAGCGCCUCGUCUCCGACGAGGUCGCCGGCCGCCUCGGCCGCUCCGAGGACGAGAUCUGCGAGGACGCCCGCCGCGCAAGGCUCGAGGGCGCCGCCUCCGGGGGGAGUGGUCGGAACGGGCAGCACGACGAGGUCGAUGAGGUCCGCCGGAAGAUGGGCUGGUAUUAGAAGAGGGGCGGGGAGUUGGAGGGCGUGCAUGGCCCCUUGAAUGAUGUGCUUUUCUUUUGAGGCAAAGCGAGCGAUGAGAAUUUGUUUGGGGGGAACAUUGGUUUUUGGAGACUUUGCAUAUCCUCUUUGGCAUUGUCAAGG